GUAAGGAAUUAGACCUGAAGCAUGCUAGGGGUAGUGCUAGUCAGUCCAGGGACUCCGGUGAGGCUAUGUUUGUUAGGGGUAGAUCUAAGGGUAGGUCUAAGAACUCUAAGCAAAAUAGUCAGGGUAAGAACACUAGUCAGCCUGGGAGGAAGAGGAGUAAAUCUAGGAAGAGAGUGUUACAAUUGUGGUAACACUGGCCAUUUCAUUAAGGAUUGCCCCCACCCUAAGAAGACCGAGCAUGCUAGUGUAGCUGUUGAUAAAUGUGACCUUGGUGAUAUUUUGAUGGUUUGUGACCAUGUUAAUUCUGUGAGAAAUUCCCUGUCUGAGCAUGAAUGGUUGAUUGACUCUGGUUGUACCUAUCACAUGUCCCCCUUUAGAGAUUUAUUUUCUACUUAUGAAUUAUGUGAUAGUGGCUACGUUUCCUUAGCUGAUAAUAAGAGAUGCAAUGUGCUUGGUGUUGGUGAUAUAUGUCUGAAGUUUUCUUGUGGCUCUGUGUUUACCAUUAAGAAUGUGAGGCAUGUCCCUGAUUUGUGUCAUAACUUGUUAUCUGUUGCUGCUUUGGAGAGUAGUGGGUUACAGGGAAAAUGGGGGAAUGGUUGUAUGAAAAUCCUGAAAAACUCGCUUGUUUUGUUUAAAGCUGAGAAGGUGAAUAACCUUUAUGUGUG